AUGAGUACCUCACCUACAUCUCUGUACUGGCUCUCCUCGAUUGUCUCCUUUGCCGCCGUCGCCGUCGCUGUCGCCGUCGCCGCUGUGCAGAUGAACAGCAUAUGCGCGGGUGGUCCGUUGCACUGUCGCAGCCAAGCUCGUCUCCUGUUCAGGUUUGCCGCCGCCGCCGCCCAGUCAGCAGCGCCGACAGUACAUCGCAUUGUUGUUGUUGUUCCCCUGCUCUCGGCCAAUCCCAGGCCUGGCUCACUUGUUCCCAAAGGUUGGGAUUCGGGCGGACCAGGGGUCCCCCAGCGGCCAGACGAGAGGGUCGAGAGGGUUUCACUUUGGAUUGAGGCAGACAGCGACACACUGUGGGUGGACGACAUGAAGCCAGCCGAGUGUGAGGGCCUCGCAGCGUGGGAAGAAGUCUCCAGCCAGCAUGGAAUGGGAAACACUAGGCUGGGUUUCCAGUGUUUCUGA